UUUUUUUUUUUUUUUUUUUUUUUUUUUUUGCAGAAAAACGGCUAAAAUUACCAUUUAUGAGUUACAAUUUAUCAGCUUUCCCAUUUAUUGUUCUUGUUUUAGUGUGGGAUUAUUUCUUUUUCUGCAAAAAAAAAAAAAAAAAAGUCUGAAAUUAUGGUAAUUAGGUUACAAAUCUUUCAUCUUUUUUUCCCAUCAAUUUCUCUUGUUUCACUUCUUUAUUUGCAAAAAUAUAAUAAUUUUGGGUACCAUUUUUACAAUCUUUCUCAUCAUAUGUUCUUGCUUCAGAAUUGAGUUCAUUCUUUUUUGCAAAAAGGUUUAAAAUUUAUAUUUUUUAGUGACAAAUUUACAAUCUUUUUGAUCAUAUGUUCUUGCUUCAUAGUGAAAUUCAUUCUUUUUUGCAAAAAGGUUUAAAAUUUAUAUUUUUUUAGUGACAAAUUUACAAUCUUUCUGAUCAUAUGUUCUUGCUUCAGAAUUGAGUUCAUUCUUUUUUGCAAAAAGGUUUAAAAUUUAUGUUUUUUAGUAACAAAUUUACAAUCUUUCUCAUCAUAUGCUCUUGUUCCAGACUGCAAAUUAUUCUUUUUUGCAAAAAAGGUCUAAAAUUUAUGUUUUUUAGUGACAAAUUUACAAUCUUUUUGAUCAUAUGUUCUUGCUUCAUAGUGAAAUUCAUUCUUUUUCGCAAAAAGGUUUAAAAUUUAUGUUUUUUAGUGACAAAUUUACAAUCUUUCUGAUCAUAUGUUCUUGCUUCAGAGUGUUCAUUCAUUCUUUUUUGCAAAAAGGUUUAAAAUUUAUGUUUUUUAGUAACAAAUUUACAAUCUUUCUCAUCAUAUGCUCUUGUUCCAGACUGCAAAUUAUUCUUUUUUACAAAAAAGUUGACCUUAAUUAGAAGCUGACAGCAAAAAAGGAGUUUAAUUUCUAUUUUUUGAUGGGUGGAUUUGAUGACCAUGUUGGAAUAAUUGGAGAUUGGAUGGCUCCUAACCCAAGCCCUAGCCCAAGGUCAUUCUUUAUGGCUAUGUUAAGUGAAGCAGGCUCAGGGUCAGUGACUGAACCACCCAAGGACAACCCAACCAGUAGGUUCACUUUUCAUGGACCCGACAAACAAUUCGGGUCAGAAAACGGUGCGUUUGGUGCCGAACAGAAGUCGGGAAGCUCAAGGUCAGGUCUUGUUGAAAGAAUGGCUGCUAGAGCUGGUUACAAUGCUCCAAGAUUAAACACUGACAUCAUCAGACCUCCUCCGAGUCCUGCUGACGUGGACAAACAAUCGUCUGUUUUGACAAUCCCUCCUGGUCUUAGUCCGACUUCGCUUUUAGAUUCGCCGGUUUUUCUGUCGAAUUCGCUGGCUCAACCAUCUCCAACAACUGGGAAAUUCGCAUUUGCACAAAAUAAAGAUGAUUCGUUUGAAGAAUUCAACAAUUCAUCUUUUGCAUUUAAACCUGUUCUUGAAUCUGCUUCUGUUCCGGUUUCCAACAAGGUUAAUUCGCCUUUUAUGUCUUGGCAAUCUGAGAAUCGCGUACCAUCCAUUGAAACCGCCAAAAACGGUGGUUUAAAUGGGAAUAUUAUUCAAGAACAUCACGAAGAAGACGCAGAUCAAAUACCGAGUGGCGAAAAUGGUAAUUACGUAAAUGAAGAUGGGUAUAACUGGAGAAAGUACGGCCAAAAACAAGUGAAGGGUAGUGAGUAUCCUAGAAGCUAUUACAAAUGCACUUAUGCAAAUUGUCCGGUCACAAAAAAGGUGGAGCGAUCUCACGAGGGCCACAUCACCGAAAUUAUUUAUAAAGGGGCCCACAAUCAUCCAAAACCUCCUCCUGGCCGUAGAUCCGGGUUCGCAUCUUCUAACGACAUCCAAGGUGGCAUUGAGUGGGCCCAAGAUGCUAAUGUUGAAGUGUCGUCAACCGCGGUUCAUCAUGGAACUCAGGUUGAGUCUAGUGAUCAUGUGGACGGCUCGUUGACCUUUUCUAAUGAGGAAGGAGAAGAUGAUGAUCGUGCGACACAUGGCAGCGUGUCAUUGGGUGGUGACGUUGAAGGAGACGAGUCUGAGUCAAAACGAAGAAAGGUUGAAGCAUACGCAGCAGAUGUAAGUGGGGCCAGCCGAGCCAUAAGGGAGCCGAGAGUAGUUGUGCAAACCACGAGCGAGGUGGAUAUUCUCGAUGACGGGUACCGCUGGCGUAAAUACGGGCAGAAAGUCGUCAAAGGAAAUCCAAAUCCAAGGAGUUACUACAAAUGCACGAGCACCGGAUGCACAGUCAGAAAACACGUAGAACGGGCUUCACACGACCUUAAGUCGGUAAUCACAACAUACGAAGGGAAACACAACCACGACGUCCCAGUUGCGCGUAACAGCAGUCACGUUAACUCCACCGUCACACAACCUCAAUCAGUUCAAGCCUCUCAAGUUCAAAACAGCAUGGCUAGGUUUGAAAGACCCCAUUACGGUUUGCAGCCCGGUCCCAAUGGCUAUGGUUAUGGGAUGAACAUGAGUCAAAUGGCUAUGGCUGGGUUGGGACCUAACCAAGGUAAAAUGCCGGUUCAUGGUCAUCAGUUUAUUGGACAAAUGAAUGAGAUGGGAAUGAUGUUGCCGAAAGGUGAACCGAAGGUGGAGCCCGUGUCGGACCCUGGUUUGAACCUUGCCGCUAACGGUUCGUCUCUUUACCAUCAUAUGGUUAUUAAUAGGUUGCCCCUUGGUCCUCAGAUGUAAAUUUUAUUGGUGUUUUAAGAGUACAAAUAUUCACAACUUUAUAUUAUUAUUUGAACUUGUUUAUGUUGCAAUUCUUCCACUGGAAAUUCUUUGUUAAAAAUAUUUGACCACACGUUGCGGCGGUACGUUACCGUGGGCAUUUGAUGGGUAUCAGUUUGGUUUGUUA